UUGAAAAAGGAUGGAAUCAGACGAAACUCUCAAAAAUGGGAAUUCAAAUGAGUUUGAUUUGUCCAUUAGAGAGACAGAGCUUAAGAAAACGGUUAUUCAUGAAUCUAUUGACCAAGAAGCGGAAGCCAGAAUUCUGGUUUUGUACACUGGUGGUACAAUUGGAAUGAAAUCAAAUAAUCAGGGAGUCUAUGAGCCAAAAGCUAACUUCCUUGUAGGUGAGCUGAAACACCUUCCAAUGUUUCACGAUGUUGAGUAUGCUGAGAAAUAUCUAACAUCAGAUGAUGCAGACUACCUUGCCAUGCCUUUUUAUAACCAUCCGGAUCCAGAUGUAAAUAGGUAUAGCAAAGGAAAAAGGAUAUUAUACAAAAUAAUUGAAUAUGAUCCGUUAUUAGAUUCCAGUAACAUGAACAUGACUGACUGGUUCAGAAUAGCUACAGAUAUACAUAGCCAUUAUGAACAGUUUGAUAGUUUUAUAGUACUCCACGGAACAGAUACAAUGGCCUAUACUGCUUCAGCAUUGUCUUUCAUCUGUGAAAAUCUGGGCAAGCCAAUCAUACUGACUGGAUCACAGAUACCAAUAUUUGAGAUAAGAAGUGAUGGAAGAGACAAUUUUUUGUCAUCCUUGAUAUUUGCUGGACAUUACUGCAUUCCAGAAGUGAUGGUUUCUUUUGACAACAAAAUUUUGAGAGGAAACAGAACAUCAAAGAAAGAUUCAUCCAGUUUUGAUGCAUUCUGGUCACCAAAUCUUCCUCCAUUAGCUAAUCUGGAAAUCAAAGUAACAGUUGAUUGGGAUGCUAUAUAUAGAUCUGGAUCUAUGGAGAAGUUUUCAGUGGCUACAAAUCUGUGUAGAAAUGUUGGUGUAUUGAGGUUGUUCCCAGGAAUCACUGCACAGACUGUUCGUGCAUUUAUGUCGACACCAAUGCAGGGUGUAGUAUUACAGACCUAUGGAGUAGGUAACGCCCCCAGUAAUAGACCUGACCUUUUACUGUCGUUUAAAGAGGCUACAAAUAUGGGAGUUAUCAUUGUCAAUAUUACUCAGUGUACAAGAGGAUUCGUUGACACAUCUUAUGAGACAGGAAAGGCAUUGUCAGAUGUUGGAGUUAUUGGAGGGGGAGAUAUGACCCCAGAAGCAGCACUGACUAAGCUAUCUUACAUACUGGGAAAGGAAACCUACACAAAUGAAAAGAAAAGGACUAUGAUGAGUCGUAAUCUGAGAGGAGAGAUGAAGGUUGUGGUCAAGGAAGAUAUGUCUAUAAUGGAUUUUGAGUUGAUAGAAGGCGUGGCUAAAACAUUAUGUCUUAGUAGUAAAGAGGAAGUAGUCAAAUUAAAGGAUGCAUUGUAUCCCAAUCUGAUGUGUACCUCGGCUAAGACUGGAGAUAUCCUUGCUUUAGAGAAACUUAGAGGAACAGGAGGUAACUUUACCUCAGCAAACCAAGAUGGUCGAACAGCUUUACAUGUGGCUUCUAGAGAAGGACAUUUAGAGGUUGUACAAUAUUUGUUACAACACGGCGCAAGUGUCCAUGCAAAAGAUCUAGAUAAGAAAACUCCAUUGAUGGAUGCUGUUCAAAACAAACAUUUCAGCAUUAUAUCAAUACUUGUACAGACUGGGGCUGUCAUAACAUUACAACCAGUCCUUCUUGCCAUGGAAUUAUGUAGGGCUGCAUCUCAAGAAGAUAUUGACUCAUUAAAGGCCUGGAAAAUUGCUGGAGCUGAUUUGAAUGAAAGUGAUUAUGACAAUAGAACAGCUUUACAUGUGGCUGUAAGUUUAGGACAUGUUGAAACUGUAAAAUAUCUGCUGGACAAUGGAGCAUCCUGGAUGUUAAAUGAUGCAUUUGGAAAAACAGCAGAAGAGCAUGCAGAAUUAUUAGGAAGAACAGAAAUAUUAAAAUUGAUCAGUGAGGCUAACGAAAAUCAUACACAAGGAACAUAAUUAUU